CCGGAAUUAAACCAAACCGGCUCAAUCCCUGGGGGAGCCCGAGGGACCUGGGCCCAGAGAGAGGCCUGCCACACGCCCCCGCCGGCUGGCCACCCACCCCACCUCCUAGGCAAGCCAGCAUGGCGGCCAAGGGCAAGGCCAAGGCCCCCAAGGGCUCCGGGGCCUCCGCCGGAGCGGGGCCGGAGGAGAAGGACUUCCUGCAGCUGUCGGCGGAGGAGCUGGGGGCCCUGAGGGAAGCCUUCGAGGACGGCAACCUGAGCGCGGCGGCCCGCAAGCUGCAGGCCACCCUCCAGUCCCUGGAGAACGUGCGCCUGGACGUGGCCGUCACGGGAGAGACCGGCUCGGGCAAGUCCACCUUCGUCAACGCCAUCCGGGGCCUGGGCGACGAGGAGCCCCGCUCGGCCAAGACCGGGGUGGUGGAGACGACCCUGGACCCGACUCCGUACCCCCACCCCAAGUACCCCAACGUGACCAUCUGGGACCUGCCGGGCAUCGGCACGCCGGCCUUCCAGGCGAGCCGCUACCUGGAGCGGGUCCAGUUCGGCCGCUACGACUUCUUCAUCCUCAUCGCCUCGGAGCGCUUCACGGCCCACCACGCCCAGCUGGCCUGCGAGAUCCAGCGCCUGGGCAAGCGCUUCUACUUCAUCCGCUCCAAGGUGGACGUCGACCUGGCCGCCUCGCGCCAGCGCCGCCCGACCUCCUUCUCCGAGGAGGGGGUCCUGAACGAGAUCCGCGCCCACUGCCGGGACCGGCUGCGGGCCGAGGGGGUGGCCGAGCCCCCGGUCUUCCUGCUGUCCAUGUUCGAGCUGGGCAAGUACGACUUCCACCUGCUGGGCGAGACCCUGGAGCGGGAGCUGGAGGGCCACAAGCGCCACGCCCUCCUGCUGGCCCUGCCCAACGUGUCCCGCCAGAUCCUGGACAAGAAGCGGGCCUCCCUGCAGCGGCACGUCUGGCUCAUCGCCGCCAUCUCCUGCGGGCUGGAUCCCAAGCCCGUCCCCCAGGUGCCCGGCCUCUUCUGCGACCUCAAGCUGCUGGUCGACGCCUUCCAGGGCUACUUCCGCAACUUCGGCCUGGAUCGGGCCUCCCUGGCCACGCUGGCCGACCAGGUGGGCAAGCCGGCCGAGGCGCUGCGGGCCGUGCUGCGGAGCCCCGACCAGGUGGACGAGGCCCUGGUUGUGGAGCUCCUGGGCAGGGUGGCCGGGGGCGUCGCCGGCUUCACCCAGCAGCUGGAGACCGUGCCCAUCCUGGGGGCCUUGGCCAGCAGCGGCGUCUCCUUCGCCAUCGUCUACAAGGCGCUCCGCCUCUUCCUCUCCAUGGUCGAGGAGGACUGCCAGCGCGUGCUCCUCAAGGCCUUCGAGGAGGAGCCCGGGCUGUGACCUCCUCCGGAGGGGGGCUGGGGACACCGAGGCGCGCGUGGGGAAGGGGGCUCUGCUGCCCAUCCCCAGGGCAUCACUCGCGGGAGGAGCUCGGAUGACCCUGAAUAUCAGUGAG